AUGAACGUUGGACAACCACCCGGAGAUGAUGAUGAUGUAAAAUCAUCAUCGCGUCAAAAUCAUCGGACGUCUCUCAAGAAAGCGUAUUCGUCUCGCGUGUCGAAAGAAAAACAGAGGCGCGAUGCGCUCUCGAGACAAGACAAUGCGAGGCGAGAUUUCGCGGACCACGCGAGACGUAUCGUCGUCCAAGCGUCGAAGGAGGAAGAGUCGGAAUCAAAAACAAAGAGAGGAAGAGGAGAGGAAUAUGUGGACGACGACGAAGGAGAAGAACGCAAGGAGGAGAAGAAACGGAUGAAAAGAACAACAACAAAAACUGGUGAUGGUGGUAAUGACGAUGAUGUCGAUGUAAAAAAAACCGAAAGAGGUGAAUUGCAACUGCCGGAAUACAUGACGGAUGUGCCCACGGAUUUAGGGGAAAAUUGGCUCUGCCAACCGAAACCGAGAGGAAAACGGUGCGCGGUGAUCGCCGCGAGAGGGAGGACGAGUGCAUUCGAUGCGCGCGGGAAGAGAAUAACGCUGGAAAAUAAGAAGAAGUACUUUCAAAGUGCAAUACCAGGAGGGAGUUUUCAGACGAGAGGUAAUUCGGAGACGUUUUGUAUAUUGGAUUGCGUGUACGGCGGCGGCGAAAGGAGAAGAGUAGGGGACGCGGCGGUUGCCGGAGAUGACGACGCGAUGGAGGAAGAUGGGGGAAACGCAAACGACGACAACGGAGGAGGAUAUUUUGUGGUGCUAGAUGUGAUGGCGUGGAAUGGCGCGGAGACGUACGGAUGUGACGUGGAGUUUCGGAGCUUUUGGUUGCAAAGUAAGUUUGCGAGCGAAAUCGACUCGUGCGCGGUUAGCCGCGACGGGCACGAGUAUCCCAUGUUUCCAGCGCCGAUUUUUUCGUGCGCGACGGUGAAUGAAUUAAGGAUGUGUUACGAAGGCGCGAGAAUGAAGAGUUUUGGAGGGUACGUGUUUGCGUGCGACGGACUCAUCUUUCGCGAUAAGAGGGCGUCGUAUACUCCUGGCGAGAGCACGCCUUUGGCGUUGCUCUAUAAAGACGAAGCGCUUUGCGAGAGCUGCGGAGAAGGAACGUUUCGCCGAGAAGUUUUAGAGAGAGGAUGCUUUUUGAAAGUAAAAAGAGAUGGAAGUGGUGGAGACUUGUGCGCGAUAGAUGAUAAUACAGUUUUAGUAUCAGCGGGAGGAGGGAAUCAAUUGAAUCCUAACGUUGCCGUGCGCUGCGAAUGGGAAGGCGACAAAUUAGUUCCGCGGGGAAACUGCGAAAGGAAAGGAACGCGUCCGGAUGCGUUCUCGAAGAUACAAUUUUACAUCGCGUGCAAAACCAACAACCCACUGACGAUGGACGAAAUAGCGUCGUCCGUGUGUAAAUAG